GCUCCCACAGACGCGUGGAAACCAACUGUCAUGAAAGAGAAAGUGCUACAUGCUCAGGAUGGGUGCCACUCGAGUCCCUCAGCAGGGAAGCGGGUCAUCCAGUGCUUCAGGUGUGGGGAGCCAUGCAAGGGAGAGGUGCUGCGAGUCCAAAACAGCCACUUCCACAUAAACUGCUUUUCCUGCAAGGUGUGUGGCUGUGAUCUGGCUCAGAGUGGCUUCUUCAUGAAGAACGGGGAUUACCUCUGCCCGCUGGACUUCCAGAGGCUGCAUGGCACACUCUGCAACAACUGUGGAGACUUUGUGGAGGGACAGGUGGUCACAGUCUUGGGGAAAACCUACCAUCCUGGCUGCUUUGUCUGCACCAUUUGCAAACACCCCUUCCCUGCUGGGGAUUGCGUCACUUUCAGUGGAAAGGACUGCCUCUGUCAUCGCUGUAUCCGACCCGUAUCUCCAACUCGUAACGACAUCAGCUGUUCCAGUAACUGCUCUGGCUGUGGCAGAGACAUAAAGAACGGCCAGGCUCUGUUAGCACUGGGUGGUCAGUGGCACCUUGGCUGCUUCAAGUGUAAAGCCUGCAGGAAAGUGCUGAGCGGAGAAUAUAUCAGCAAGGAUGGCGUUCCCUAUUGUGAGAGGGACUAUCAGAUUCAGUUUGGGGUACAAUGUGAAGCAUGUCAAAAGUUUAUAAGUGGAAAAGUCCUCGAGGCAGGGGAGAAACAUUAUCACCCCGGUUGUGCAAGAUGCAGCCGAUGUGGCAAAAUGUUCACAGAAGGUGAAGAAAUGUAUCUACAAGGAUCAACAGUUUGGCACCCAGACUGCAGCGACAGCAGCAGAACUGAGGACAGUUACAUGCCCACUAGAUCCUCAUCUGAAAGCUCCUGUUCCAGGCCGGGCUCAUGCACUCCGGGGAGUCCUGGUCGAACUAUCUGUGCAAAAGUAGAUAAUGAGAUCAUUGAUUACCGAGACUUAGCAGCCAUUCCCAGAGUCAAGGCUAUAUAUGAUAUAGAGCAUCCAGAUAUGAUAUCUUAUAAGUCUGUGAACGACCACUCCUCUACUUUGGACAACAAAGGCAACAGACAGGACAGGCAAAGCCCUGCAGAGUCCCCAGGAAAUGUAUCUGAAACCACAGAGGAGAGUUAUGAAGUCAGAAAGCGCAUACCAAAAUCUACAAGCCAUGGAUAUUUUGGAGUUCAUGCAACGUACAAUCGUCACAGCUACACUCCAACUCUGCCCAGAUCACCACAACACUUCCACCGGCCAGGAAUGAUGCUUUCUCCCUCUUUAUCCUCUGGCAAAAAUGACACAUGCCCCACUUCCCCUUUAUGUCACCACUUUCUCCCUCACACCAAAGAUGAAGGCGUCAACAUGUACAAGAGGCCUCCAAUUUAUAAACAGCAAGAUACAAAUUCCUCCACAUCCCAAACAUCCUCUUUGCCUGGAUACGGUCACAACGGCCUCAAUCCGCCACGGUCAGCUGAUUUCUCCCACUACAGCAACGACAGAUUAAGAGACUUUAAGCUCCUCCAUGACGGUCCACAUCCAUUAGCACGAAUGGACAGAGGAGUGUCUAUGCCUAAUUUGUUGGAACCAAAAGUCUACCCGUAUGAACUGCUCGCAGUUAGUAGUAGAGGUCGAGUGAAGCUUCCCAAGGAUGUUGACAGAACAAGACUGGAGCGUCACUUAUCCCCAGAUUCCUUCUUCGAGAUAUUUGGCAUGGAAGUUCAAGAAUUUAAUAUGCUUCCACUGUGGAAACGUAAUGACAUGAAGAAGAGGGCAAAUCUCUUUUAAAUGUUGCCUAAUGCAACUCUUUUAUGCAGUACAUGUCAACUUCUGAUGACCCAUUAUGUUUACUUCUUUGCAUUUGACAGAAAAAAUAGACACAAAGUCCAGUUAGUUUCUGACAACAUGAGAGCUCAACUUACUAUAGUCUUGGCUAUUAUUAUUUUGUCUUACUAUAGUCAGCCCUGUCUCUCCAGGUUCAUAUUGGACUAUUGAGCUUUAUACAAUUUAUCUCCAUUCAUUGUAAAUGAAGUGUGGCAUUUUAAUAACCUGCCCAAAAGUGAAAAGUAUACAGAAAGUAAAAGGUUCUUUGAUGCCAGAGACCAGACUGUUUGAACCAACAACUGAUGUUUCCUGACAUUUUGAUAGUGAAAGCAAUAUUUUCAUUACCUAAUCUGAGCUCAACCUCUAAAAUCAGUAUUGGCUAAACUUAAAAGAAUGUACUGCUGUUAUGUUUUCACUUGACUCAUGGUUCAGAUCAGCAAAAAUGCUCAGUGAGGAGUGAUUGUGCAAAACCUUGGAUUGUGGUCAGUGACAACAUUUUUGAUUGGGAAAUGUUUGGGAAAUGUUUUUUUGAGAUUAUUUAUUCCUAAAAUAUCUUCACAUGCAACUACAAGAUGGAUAGAGUUAGGCACAGUAAGGGUAAUGUAUCAACAUGUAGUUUUAUCCAUGAGAAAAAGUUGUUUUUUUUCUGCUUGCCUUCUGUAAAUGAAAUAAUAAUUGAUUGCAGAAAAUAGACUUUGAGAGUGGUUAGGGUAUUUAUGGAGUUUACAUCAGAGACAUAGUCAAAGUUAGCUGGUCCUGAAUAAAAGCCUUUUAUCAACACAUAAUUCUGAUAUUUAAUGGCUUCCUCAAUCCCUCAUUGUUACUUUUGUAUGAUAUUUUUGUUAUUCAGUUGAUUCUCACUUUGUUGUCUCCUGGUUAUGCAAAUGUUUAAACACAAAACUGGAAAUAUUUCUAUGUCACUAAAUGAUAACUGAGAUUAUUUGGACUGUCAUAGGAAUAAUUAAGAUGCUUUGACACUUUUGUUUGUUUUAUGUGUUCCGCUGACUUAUCACUGUAUAUGUUACCCUCACACUGCUGUCCCAUGACUCUGCCUCAAGCGCCCUAAAUAAAAUCUUGCACUUCUUAAAA